UCAAUUUUUUAUUUAAAAAAAACACGAAACCUCAAUUCCCAAUUCGACCACUCGCUCCGCCUCCUGAACCGCUCGCCGGCGAUGCCCCUCGCCGGAGGCGGCGAAUCCCCAGCGAACUGACGCGCUCCUCCUCCUCAUCCCCCUCCCCGGAGAUCUGCCUCGCCCCCGCCUACUUCGGAGGCUGCUACUCCGCGCCGCUUCCUCUUCUCCGCCGCGCGCUACCCCCUACUAGUCCCAUCUCCUCCAGCUCUCGGCGACCGGCGGCAAGUAGGCGAUCACGAGUAAGCCCCGCAGUUUCGAAGUCUUGCAUGAUGGCAGCCACCCAGUCUUCAUCUUGGGCAGAUCUCCAGAUGGAUAUCCUGGGCCUUGUCCUCAGGCGCCUUCCCUCCUUAGCUGAUCGUGUUCGACUAAGAGCAGUGUGUCGCCCAUGGCGCUCCAAUGCUCAGCUGCUGACCCUCCCCCCUCCAUUCCCUUGGCUCAAUCUCCUCGACGGGACCUUCCUCAGCAUCUCAGAUGGUGAAAUUCACCGCAUGCCUUUACCAGAUGAUGCUUCUUGCUAUGGCUCUAUUGAUAACUGGCUCUUCCUCACGGAUAGUGACGAUGGGUGCUCACUGAUGAACCCUUUCUCCAAGGCUACACUACAGCUUCCUAAGCUAGCCCGCAUUUGGCAUCAUGAGAGGGGAAAUGCGUACAAUGCAUGUACUCGACUUUUCUAUAAGUUGGCAGUGCCCUUGCCCCUGGACUUAUCAUCAGAUUCCCUUGUUGCCGUGCUGAUGAAUGACCCUCUUCGUCACAGUGUAGUUUGUAUUGUUCAUCGAUCAAUUUCUACUGACUCAUUCAGAUUUCAUGAUCGUCCAAUCAAGAACAACUUCUAUGAUAUCGCAUUCUGUGGUGGAAAGCUGUAUGCACUUAGUUGUGGGAAGCUCUUCACCGUUGAGAUGAGUGAGGUACAUAUAGAAAAGCCAAAGGUUCCACAUGUAGAAUGCAUAGUGGAAGAUUUUCCAACUGAAUCCCAUUCUCAACCUUGUCCUGAGAACCAUAUCUGUGUGACAUGGCCAUAUCUAGUUGCAUCUGGUGGCAGACUGUUGAACGUGAUUCGACUUGUUGGUGUCCCAUUCCCUCCGGAAGAUGAUGAUGAUAUCUUCAAAGAUUCACUUACCUUUUCAUUUGAGGUCUAUGAGGCAGACUUGAACACCGGCUCUCGUAUGUGGAGAAGGGUGGAAUCUUUGGGAGACCAAGCACUCUUCGUUGGCAGACAUUACUCCAAGUCUCUCUCUGCUGCUGAAUAUGUUGGAGCUCAGGAGGACUGCAUCUACUUCAUGUGUGAUGACUACUUCCGAUCUGAUGAAGAUCCUCUUUGCGACGCUGGCAUCUACAACAUGAGAAGCGGGGUGAUCACGCCGUUGUUGCAGGAGAACACAGCGCCGCGACUGCAUCCUACAGGCGAGGGGCAUCCGACAUGGUUCUUCCCUGCAGAUGGUGCUAUGUAAAUGUAAUCAGCCCCAUUUCAUGGCACUCUCUGUUGACUGUUUGAUUUGGGUUUUCUCAUUGCACUUGCAACAUGUAAACCGGCGGAUGUUGCUUAAUAUUUUGCUACUUGUCAUGUCUACUCUUAUGCUAGAAUGAUUUGCUCUGGAUUCAGAAAGCAUUGAGUUCAUGUUUCUCAUUUUAUACUUGACUUAUCCAUCCUUUCU